GGACACCGACGCGUUCAGACGCAGCAUGUCGUGCUCCGUAGGAGCGGUUGAAGCGGCCGAGUCGGACCGCGGUAACAGGAACGCUGCAAUGGAAAAUGACGAGUACCGUUUGAUUCUGCCUAAUCUGCCCAGUGGACGCUCUGUUUUAAACACUGUUUUCAUGCAUGGUGAUGUUCGAGCAAGGCCAUUUCGAGUGGAAGACUUCAGAGACACGUUGGACCACCUACGUCUGCUCCCUGAAGUAGUCGCCUUGGGUGCCUACCAGAUGAACCACGUUUGGGCAGUAACCUUCAGAAGCGACGAAGGGACCAAAAGACUUCUUGCAAGCAGCGACGUUAAAGUGAAAGGUCGACGUUGUGUCGUCAUCGACCCGACAAGUAAGGAUCUCCGUAUCAAAGUGCACUGGCUCCUGUACAACACAGCAGAUGAAGACGUGAGGGCGGCGUUCCUGCCCUACGGCCGAGUCACAGACAUUACUCGUGAGCGAUGGCGCGUGAACGGAGUUACGGAUAAAGGCUCAACAACGAGAACCGUUACUCUGAAGCUUAAAAGUGGCAUUAACAUCGAGGAUAUUCCCCAUCAAUUGCGAGUUGCUGGUGAACAAGCCCUUGUGGUUGUCCCGGGAAGAGCUCCACUGUGCCUGCGAUGUGGAAAUACUGGCCAUAUUCGUCGAGAUUGUCGUGUACCGCGGUGCGGACAGUGCCGACGCUACGGUCACGAGGACGCGGUCUGCGCUCGAACGUACGCAAGUGUUACGGCACCUGCGAGGACAUCGGCGAGUGAGGACACUGCGGAGCUCAUCAUGGACGAGGCCGAUGCCGAGGAGGCCGCUGGCAGCACGCCGAGGCCUGCAAGCACAGAAGACACGGAGGGACGCGCGGCUAGCGUCUCCCUUACUUCCCAAGCAGGAAAAGAGCUUAUGGUAAUGGACAUUGCGGAAACCUCGGCGCUGGUGGCAGCGACGCCGACAGCAGAAGCAAGUAAGGGAAUGGAGGACGUGACCGGAGAGAAUUUGCAAGUGGAUGAGUUGGCGAUGGAAGCUUCCAGCGGCACAACAGGCAAACGGGCGCGGGAAGACAUGGGAGACAACGGCGUUGCAGGAGACGCUGGCGUCGAAGAGCCACCAACGAAAGCACUACCACCGCGUCGAUCGGCGUUGCGCCCGCGGCCUAAUAUCCCGCCGGACAGGCGUCCGGCGGCGUCGUCGUCUCCGUAG